AUCACAUUAGCUGUGUGCCGGAUGGCGAAGAAGCCGUGAACACAGUUGCUACUUGGGCAGAAAAACAGGAAUGGAGUGAGAGUGUUGUAUGAGAGAGGGAGGGUGUGUGUGUGUGUGUGUGUGUGUGUGAGGAAGAGGAAGAGGAAGAGGAGGACGGGAUUUGGAAGCAGACAAGAGGCUGAGAGGAGAGACUCCGGGCAGAUUUUAGUGCCAGAGUUCGGUGUCACAGGAGCUGAAGAGGAGAAACUGGCUCCUGCUUCAUUUCUCUUCAAAGACGUGAAACUUAAUUCCUUGAGCUGAUUGACCUCGAUGUGACCUCGAUUUUUGGGUGUGUUUCAAUCGGUGGCAUCUGUGAAUUUUUUCCACAUCUGAAAGCGAGCCCGCAACGCUGAAGAUUAACUCUCAAUUCUUUAAAAAGUGACGGCUCCUGUUCUGAACUGUCUGACUGAGUGAGUUGGGUAUUUCCAGGCCUGAUUCAGACGCUCUGUGGUCUCUGCACAAGUCAUAAAUCCUGGAAACAUCACAUGAAACUGCAGCUCAUUGAAGUCCAUCUUGAGGAGAAUGUACUCCAAGAUAUAAUUACAUUUGAUUAGUCAUUUCUUAAUUAAAACUGGACAUAUUUGCCCUGAAGAUCAGCAGCUCUUCCUGCUGUUGCUGCUUUUUCAGCAUCUCAAAACUGUCUGAGUCUGGAUUUACUGCUUGAUUUAGAGAAUCACCUCAACACAAAUACAUCUGAAGAAAAGGAACAUACGAGUGAAUUUAGAGACCAGACGGACAUGCAGGAGGAAGUAAAAUAAAUAACAGACUCAACUUUCACAGAACACAAUCAGCAGAUGCAGAAAAGGGAGGAGGUGAAGUUCGGCGCAGCGGCCAUGUCACUGACUGCAGACCUGAGCUGCCUGCAGGGCAGCAGGGGAGCAGAGCGCGAGGCGGCACUGGAAACACUGGAGAAGCAGCUGAUCUGCCCCAUCUGCCUGGAACUCUUCAACAAACCGGUGGUCAUCCUGCCCUGCCAGCACAACCUGUGCAGGAAAUGUGCCAACGAGCUCUACCAGCCGUCCCUGUUCCAGGCUCGCACCACCAUGCAGGUGAACAGCGGUCGUUUCCGGUGUCCGUCCUGCAGACAUGAAGUGGUGCUGGAUCGCCACGGCGUCUACGGCCUGCAACGAAACCUGCUGGUGGAGAACAUCAUCGAUGUCUACAAGCAGGAAGUCAGCAACAACAACAACGCCCCAAGCCCUCUCCCUCCUUCUACACUUCCUGCUAAGGUGAAGUGUCCAGACCAUGAAGGUGAGAAGAUGAACAUCUACUGUCUGACCUGCCAGGUUCCCACCUGUUCCCUCUGUAAAGUGUUUGGGGCUCAUCAGUCGUGUCGGGUGGCUCCGCUGACAGACAUCUACCAGCAGCAGAAGGAUGAGCUGAAUGAAGGAAUCAGUUCUCUGGUGACGGCCAAGGACAAAGUCCAGGCUUUGAUCGAUGAUCUAGAGGAGAGUUGCAGGAACAUAGAGGAAAACUGUAAAACUCAGAAACAGAGUGUGUGUGACAAGUUCAGCCACAUGUUUUCCAUCCUGGAGGAGAAACGCAAGGCGAUGGCACAGCGAAUCAGCUCGGAGCAGGAAGAGAAGACAAACCACGUCCAGGCGCUGGCGCGUUGCUACGGAGACAGCAUGGAGGCCAACAACAAGCUGGUGGAGAGCGCGAUGAGCAGCAUGGAGGAGCCGGACAUGGCUGCUUUUGUUCAGAAUUCAAGAGAGCUGAUCACAAAAGUAAUAACAGCGACCAGCUCCUGUCCAGCAGAGACGCUUAGACCAGGUUAUGAGAAUAUGAGCCACUACACAUUUAACUUUAGCAGACAGGAGAGCGCUCUGAAGAACAUAGACUUCAUCAAAGAUGAAGAAGAUGUUCCUGAAGAACCAGAGAUUGAACCAGAGCCAGAAGAACCCAAAGAACUCUCUCUGCAGAACGCAGAACCAACACCCCUUCAAGAAACCUCCAUCCAGAACCUGGACUCUGUCAGAGAGCCGAUCCCAGAGCUGGUUUCACCACCAGUGAAACCAGUACAGGCAGCUGCACCAGAACCAGCUCUGACUGCAGAAACAGCUCCAAGUCCGGUGAUGGACUCUGUGGAGCCUGCUGGUGCAGUUCUGCAGCCGGAGCUUGACCUGGACUUGAACAAUGAAGGAUCGGGUCAGAUGAAGGACAAGGAGGAGGAGGAGGAGGAGGUGGAGGUUCGAAGAGAAGUGGAGGAAUAUGCGACUCCUGAACCUGUUAAGGACGGAAACGUCUGUGAACAAGACGAGGGAAUGAGCACACAACAGUGUGAGGGGGGAGAGUCAGAGCGUGAUGCAGGUGAUCGGACGGCACAGAGAGAGACUGAUGGAAAACGAGAUGCUCAGCAUGAAGAAGAAGAAGAAAUGCGGAUGAAAGAGGAAACUGGUGCUACAUUUUACCCCGGCUGGUACAAACCCAGCAGCUGGUGCAGGGUUAGCCCAGAUUCUGGAGAAAUGAUUUAUGAUACAGAGGAGAUGAUGAGCUCACCACAACCAGCUAUGGAUUCCCCUCCUGAGGCCCAAAUCCAACCUCCAUGGAUGCAGGGCUCUCAGCUCCUGUCUGAAACUCAGGCUCCGACCCCGGAACAAAGCACGUCUUACUCCCAACAACCUCCCCUUGGACUUGACCUUUUAACCCACCUGCAGCCCCAACAGCUCCCACUUUCCACUCAGCUUCACCCUCAGCCGUACCUUCCUCUCCCUCAACCCCCACACCAGUCAGAAAACCCUUCUCAAACUACACCCCCGCUUACUGAAUCUCAACCCCAGAUGAAGCCUUUAGAGCCGGACGGUGCUUUGACACCUGUUCCCAAAGUGCAAACAACCAGGCGAACAGGAGAAGCUGGUAUCAUGGAGGAGGAAAAUGAGGAGGAGGAGGAGGAUAUGCAGGGCUGGGUGUGCCUGCCUGGUACAGAGGGUAGUUUUGAGCUUAAAGAUGGUAGUUUAGGCAGUUUUCCUGAUAAUAAUGAGAGUCUAACAUCCAUUCUACUAGAGGAGACUCAUCCCGUGCCAGAGAGAGGUAGUUUAGGGAUGAACAAAGACAACUUCGUUGAGCUUCGUUGUAGUCAGGUAGAGCAUGCAGAAGAGAAAGAGCAACCUGAAGAAGAUAUUUUAGGCUUGAAAGAUGCUUUGGAGCUGAAGGAAGGAAUCUCAGAGAUGGGAGAGGGUAACUUUGAAGGUCUCAUACAAGGAAGUUUAACGUCUGAUGAAAGAAGUGAAGUGCUGGAGAAUGAUUUAGCUACAAAGGCGGAUGUCUCUGAACAGAAAAAUGACAGCUCGGAUGUAGCAGAUCAUGGUGGGGAGACGACAAACGGCUUAAAACAGACAGACAAGGAUGCAGAGUUUGAGGUCAGUGUUGUCUGGUUUUACCAUCAUCGUCAUCAUCCUCAUCAUCAUCGACCAGGCUCUCUCACCAUCCACCCACCUGCUGAUGUGGCCACACCUCCACAUUGUCUUCUUCUUCUUUGUUGUUGCUGUUGAUGAUGUUUUUUUUGCAAGAGUCACUUUUGCAUCUUGGAUGAAACUGCUUCAGCACUUUCACUUGGGUCACAGUGUUGUUGUCAUGUUGGAAAAUACAGUUGGAGUGGAGAGGAGGAGGAGAGGAUGAAGGCUCAUUCCUGCUAUUAAACAAAAAAAUAUAGUAUCCCAAACAUGCAUUGUCCCAAAAGUCGUAGUAACCCCAAAAUAGUUAAUCAGAUGUCAGUGAAAAGCUAGAUCUGUCUUUCCACCUGAAUUCAUGACAUUCUUUUUUAUUUCUAUCAUCAUUAUUUUGGAGAAUUUUAUGCCUUUAUAGUCGAGAGAUGAGAGGAAACGAGAGGAGAGACAGAUGGACACGAACCAGAACUUUAAUUACAAGGCCAUCAGGGCCUGGUCAAACUGAAAGAGUGCCUGUGUGAGUCCAGAAAAGAGUCGUCCUUCCUUCCUCCUCUCUGCAGUUUUCCGUGUUAGUCAUUUUUUGAUGCAUCAUCACUCCAUCUCUCUUCUUCUUUUUCAAUUCCUCUGCCAAUCUCCUCCAAUUUUCCAUCAUUAUCCUCCCUUUUCCAUCUUCCAUUGUUCUGAUUCCUCAACCCUCUUGUUUUCUAUCUCGAUCUGCCUUCAUCCUCAUGUACUGUCCAUCACUCCUCCAUUUUUCUGUUUUUCCUCUACUUUUUUUCUCUUGUUUCUCUCUAUCUCUACUGGCCUCUCUCUCCUUAUUCUAUGAAAUUCCUUCCUCUCCUCCAUUUCUCCUUUCCUGCAUUAUAUUUUCUAUCACCUUGUUUUCUUCUAACUGCUUCCAUAAACUCACAAAUUCCUUCUACUUCUUCUCCAUUUUUCUUUCCUGCCUCUUUCCUUAUU